GCAUUGGCAGUUCUGCAGUUCUCUUAUCAAAAAAGUGAAUAGACAUACGAAUACAAAAUGUAAUAACUCUGAUAGAAAUAGUGAUCAUACUGCGUCAACCUCUUCGAGUGUUUUCCCCAUAUUAAUAUUAAUUACAUUAUGUUUCCGAGCUUAUCAAGUGAAAUUGUGAUUACCACAUCAGCUUAAAGAGAAAUCAGGCAAUUGCAAGACGAACAAAAUGGUAUCUCUUCAGUGUAUUCAAGAUGAUUUGAAAAUAUCUGCCAGCUAUGUCAAAAGCACCUCCAAAGAUAAUUGGUUCGAAGCUGUUCUUCAUCAAGAUUGGUUAAAGAAAAUAAACGAAUCUCAUUCACUUGUUGAAUUGCCAAAGCAUGAAACACUGUCUGCAGAUGAUGUCAAAGCUCAGCUGUUCCAAGGAGACUUUUUUCCCCAUCCUUGGCGUCGAACCUACAUUAAAGUGAUCAAAAAAGAGGAUAAAAUGGUUUUACCUCUUGCGAAAGCUCGUAACAUUCCUGAGACAAAAGGAUCCUCUCAACUCACUUUCUCUCAAAUUUUGCACUAUGUUAGUGUUACAAACUACAAGAACCUUUGGAAAGAAGCAACUAAGAAGUAUUCUGGGUGCUCACUACCUCAUAGCAUUGAAGAAAAUCCACCUGUUACUUCAAUCAAGUACAACACUUUGCUCCGUGAUGCUAUCUGUCGAUUGUAUGAUUGUCAAAUCGUCAACAUCAGUUCUUCAUCAUCUUGCACCAGUCCAAGUAAACCAUCCUCUCAGGUUCAUCGAAACAUUCUUCCUGCUUUAGCUGUCCUAGAGUCCAGCAAAAAUUUUUAUAUUAUUCAGGAUGCAACUUUGGUUUACACUGUUCAAGAUAGUGUUAGCCUGAGCCCAGCUUUACUCGGAAAUUGUUACUACAAACCAUUGUUCAUAAUUUAUCAACUGUUGCAAGCAGCAAAGUGGCUACAUGACAGAGGUCUCAUGCUUGGCAACAUUCAACUUUCUGAAAUUUUCAUUUCAGAUGAUUUGUGGAUUCAGGUGUCUCCAAGAUUAGAAGAUAAUAUAUUUCAUAUAGAUCCAGGCGAAGAAAUUGAUCUCGCAUCAAAUGCAGAAAUUCCAAAGCAAAAACAUCACUGUGAUACAAUGUCUUCGAAACAGGUAGACUCGAAUUUAAGUCAUGCAUGCAGGGAGUGGGUCUAUGGCAACCUCUCAAACUUUGAUUAUUUAAUGUUAUUGAAUCGUUUGGCUGGAAGAAAAUUUGGGGACCCCAAAUGCCACUACAUAUUUCCAUGGGUAUCUGACUUCUCUUCGCGUAGUGGAAACAAUUUUCGAGACCUCACAAAAUCAAAAUAUCGAUUAAACAAAGGUGACCGACAACUUGAUCUCACAUUUGAUGUGUCUGUCAACAACACGUCAUCAAAGCAAAUUCCGCACCAUAUUUCUGAUGUUUUAUCGGAAAUCACGUACUAUAUUUACCUGUCGCGGAUAAUGCCAAGAAAUAUUCUUUGCCAGUAUGUUCGCUCGAAGUGGGUACCUGCUGAGUAUCCCUCCUCCAUACAGCGACUUCAAUCAUGGACUCCUGAUGAAUGCAUUCCAGAAUUUUUUUAUGAUCCUAAUGUGUUCAAGUCCAUUCAUGAGGAUUUACCAGACUUAGAAAUACCAUCGUGGGCAACAAGCUUCGAAGACUUUAUCAAGUGGCAUCGUUCAAUCUUAGAAAACAACUAUGUAUCAGAAAAAUUGAACCAUUGGAUUGAUCUUACGUUCGGCUACAAGUUGUCCGGAAAUGCUGCUGUCAAAUCCAAAAAUGUUUGUCUCCAACUUGUUGACAACCAUAUAAGUUUGACAUCAUCCGGAAUUAUGCAAUUGUUCACUCAGCCCCACCCUCAGAAAUUAACUCCAGCAUUAUUUUAUUUCAAUAACAUUCCUUUACGCAUUUUCUCUGCUCAAAAGAACAAGUAUGGAGACAACAGCUCAAGUGAUGAGGUAUACAGUGAAGAUUUGGAUGAUUCAUUUGAUUCUCAUACAAGUGUAAAAUCAUCUUCAUCUUCACUUACUCUUUCAAAAUUCUUAAGUCGCUCCCGGAACUCAUUAUUAACGGCUGGUAGCACCGAUUCACCGAGUCCAGGAAAUAGUGAGAAGUGCAAUGCGGAUAUAUAUCUGCCACAUGAUUACAAUCCUGCUCAGUUGCUCUCUGCUAUUGAAUCAUAUGUUAGUUUCAUGAAGAAAUCCUUUGCCUAUCCUCAUGAAACAACAAAUGUAAAAGAAGCAGUGUCUGCGCCAGAAAAUUUGACUGCAGAUGGCAUACGAUCUUCAGUUACAUCCCAGCGAGGGAAUGAAAUUUAUGCACUGUGUUGCGUUGUUGUUGAAAUUUUUGCUGCUCCCAAAUUGAGAGUUUUUGGUAUCACUGAUAAAAUAAGUCUUAAAGAACGAAUUAAGAUUUGUAAGUCAGUUUUUGACUCCAGUGUUGAAUCUUUUCCAUUUUGUGUACAAGAUCUCAUUCGAGUUGUUUUUGAUAAGAAUAGAAUGGACAAUCAAGUUCCAUUUGUGACAAAAUUUGGAGUUCCUCCUCCGUCAGCUCAUCAGUUAUUAAUAUCAAAUUUGUCUCUCAGUCUCUUACCGUUUCCAAGUUAUUUAGUCUCUGCAUACAAGAUGUUUGAAACAUUCCAGGAAUUGUUCCACUUAGUUUCAGAGAAUGAAAAUCACCCUCUAAUAGAAGACUACAUCAGAAUGUUAACAAACGAGUUUGACAAAGCUGUUGAUAAUAUUCCAUACAGCGAUAAUUUAAUCUAUCUACUUCUACCGAAUAUUCUCAAGCUGUUUGAAGAACCGUCAACUUGUAUAGUGGCAAUUUGGUACAUGUUUGAUCGUGUGAGCAAACUUCUUGGCACAAAGGGAACCCAAAAAUAUUUGUCCGACACUGUUCUUCAGCUCUAUAACCUUGAUAAUUGUACUGAGUCUAAGUUUUUGGUGUCCAAACAGAAUAAGUAUUUGAAAUUUUAUCAUCGUAAUUUUAUUUUAUGCUUAAUCAUCCGAUUCGGUUUUAAAACAUUCCUAGAAUUGCUGAUAACUCCUCUCAUUGAAGCUGUAGGUUGUUACCGGGACAUCAUUUGCAAUAAAUCAGGCCUUAGUGAGAGAGAUUCAAUCGAUAAAGCAGGCUCUCUGGAACAAAGGGGGAAAAAAGGCGGUAUUUGUAAAAACUCUGUCCAAGCUCAUGGGGACUCUUUGGAAAGUACUAAAGUGCUAAAAGGACCACGAAAUGGACAGGAUGAAAUUAAUUUAGAUUCAAAUUGUGCUGAUAUAGACUUUGGAGUUGAAACUUUUGACAACCAGUUCAACGCUCAUGAUAGUAUUUUGGAUGAUGAGGAUGGUUCUGGGAAAAGUGAUAAUAAAAUGAAAUUCUCGGAAACUGCUGCAGAUACUUUGAUUUGGCUCUCAAGUCGUAUAGGACCUGUCCUCACAGCUAGGUAUGUGACGCGUAAUUUGCUACGAAUGCUGACGUUAUCAUACUCGGAUGUGAAUCAUCUGGAAAUGUGUGAGCCUAUUGAAUCCGAGCAUGCCUCGUACCUUAACUCAGAAGUAGUUGGGGACAAAUUAUCAGAAAAUAUAUUGAAAUGCCUCAUGUUUUGUGUGACCUUGUAUGGUGAAAAUUUCAUAGUUUUGCAGUACCUACCUCACAUAAUUGACAUAAUUUCAACCAGCAGAAAAAAUAAAAUAACUCCAAAUUUAGAAAGUGGUCUGAUAGGAAGUCUUGUCCUUCUCAAACACAUUGUCUCAUGCAUACCAGUCGAGCAGUUCUCGAGUUUGUUUCAAGACACAUUUUGUGAUAAUAUUUUGUACCCAUGUAUAUUGAUGAUAUCAUCAAAAAAUGUUCAAUUCCCCAGUGAUUCUGUGAGCCGCUCCUGUCUAAUCCUUAAAUUUAUUGAUGCCGUCAUUACUAUCUCCCUCCUUGUUCCUCCAAAACAGUUACAUACAAUUUCACCAAUCUUGCAAACAUUUUUCAAGUGUUUUUCUCACUGUAACCCAAAAAAUUUAGAAGCCUCUGCUGCCGAAAAAUUACCAAAUAACUGUGAUGAUGUGGUUAGUAUUUUAAGAAAAAUUUUCUCUCCGAAAUUAGCUUACUUGGUGUAUGAUCACUUUUCGAAACAUUUUAGCGAAUCAUUCAUGGAAAGAGUAAUUCUCAAUCAUUCUUUUAUCAAAGAACUUUGUGAUAGUUAUCGUAAAUAUGCUAAAGUCACCGAUAAAAUUAAUAUUGUACGAGACAAGCACUCUGAUGGAGAUGCCAACUUGUGUGGAUCUGCAGGAAGUUUUGGUAAAAGUGUUGUCAUUACAGGGAAUCGAAUUGACUUGUAUGAAAGUGAGCCCAAUUCCUCUCCAGCCAGCAAUUCGCAAAGCAAUGAUUUUUCCAACAGACAAAGGUACCUCUGUGGAAACUGGCUGGCUUAUUGGGAGCAUGAAUUGAAUCAGCUGAAUUCAAACUUCCAGUUCAAUCAAAUCAAGCUUCAGCAGUUCAAUAGCCAUCAGUCCAGUAUAAAAAGUCUCUGUGUACUUGAUAAUGAGAACAGCUUCCUCUCUGCAAGUCGUGACAAAACAGUCAAAAUAUGGUCCAUACACAAUGAGGGAGAUGGAAACCAUGUGUCCAACUGUCAGUGGACGUACACCUCGCACAAGAAAUCCGUUAUGUCUCUUGUGUUUGUCGACAAACAUCGAGUAAUCGCUUCAACAGACGCAACUGUUCAUCUGUGGGACCCGUUUUUGGGUAUAUCUUUGAAUCAGAUCAACACAAAUCACUGUGUCAACACUUUGAAAACGAUAUCGUCCUCUACGUCAAACAUUCUUGCCGCUAAUACUGAUGCAUCUGUUUUGGUUCUUGACACAAGAAUCGCACAAUAUGUGAGUGAGCUUAAAGUGUCAAUUGGUCCGGUUGGGUUAAUCCGCUGCAUUGCUGUAUCUCCUGCAGAAAACUGGAUUGCAGUUGGUCAAACUUCUGGUUACUUAACUGUCUUAGACUUGCGGACAGGCAUGGUCUUACUAUAUUGGAAAGCACAUGAAGGAGAGAUACUACAGCUUGUAGCCUAUAACGAGUCUACGCUAAUUAGCUCGUCUUUAGAUCAAAGUGUCUGCGUUUGGAAUAUAAGCGAUGGUAAACUUAAGACAAAUAUUAAAGGUCUUGUCGAGCCAGUGCACUGCUUGGCACUAUUUAAUAGUCAGUUGAUUUCAGGCACAACAGCCAAUAAAAUCGGUGUUCACUCAAGUGUCAAUGCUGGAGCUACAUUUUCGUCAACUAAACUCAAAGCUGAGACUUUCAAAGGUGUGCUCACUUCAUUAGCUAUGUUACCUUUGAAUAGACAACUCUUGCUCGGAUUUGACAAUGGUGGUAUCACUCUGCUUUGUUGAAAACCAAUUACAUUGAAUUUACGAAACUGAACCAUCUGUGACUGCGGAAGCUAUUCUUGGAGGAUAUUUUUCUAACAAAAGCUCAAGCCCACGGCUUCAUUGAAGGCCAUCUGCUAUUAUAUUGCUGUGAUGUAGGUUAAGAUUUUGUGACAAAAUCCUGAAUUAUCCACUAUGUACUAGGGUGAACCUGUGUGUGUGUUUUGUAUUUCAUAGGAUGUUCCUUCAUGUUUGUAUUCAUUUGUUAAAUAAUAAUUAGUAUUAAAUUCUGCCAUGCAUUAAGAAUGCUGCAACUUACUAUUUUGAAAAUUUGAACAUUUUUUUUUCAAAUAUAAUUUUUUUUCACCAGAAAAUCAGCCCUUUGUUUCUCUCUCUAUUUUCCUAAAUGAUCAUAUCAUACUAUUGAAAAUAUGAUAAAAACCACCAAGUCUGAAGGUGCGCCGCUUUUUCUUAGAUGAGAUUUUUUUGGUAAAAAUGUAGGCACAAAAUCUGAUCUGUGGUUGCGGCAUUCUUGUUUUUUAUGGUAGAGAAAUUUUUUACAUGCAUCUAAUGCAUUUCCUUAUUAUUAUCUCAGUGAAGUUAAGUAUUGAUCAAUAGAUUACACAUUUUUUAACCUAUUGAUUAAUGAUUUUUGUGUUUAGUUUCAAACUUGAAGUGGAGUUUGUGAUGAAUUUUCUGUUGGACUUAAGAGGGAAUUCGUAGAUCAAUACUUUUCGGAUUAGAUAUAUUUUGAUGAAUUUAUACUGGUGUUUUUUUGUAAAGAUGUAUGCAUUUUUCAUAUAUGUAUCAAUAACCGACCGAUUUCUUUGUUCAACACUGUCAAACAAGUUUGUGUUUUUUGUUUUAACGCUGAGAGAAAGAAAAUUGUGAUGCACAUAGCAGGAAAAAAUGUGCCGUGAGGUGGAAACUCACAUUUUUCACAGGGCACUAACAGGUUUGGGGCCAAAAUCUAAAGAUUGUUUUUGAUCCCAAAAACUCUCUAAUACAUCCUUUGAAGAAUUUUGGGUAAAAUUUUCAAGCUGAAUUUCGAAUUUUUAAUGAUGUUAAAUUAUUUGGAGUAAAUUUUUCCCAACACUGUUCCGUGCAAGCAAACUUUAUCUGAUGUUUCUCUGUUGUUUGCCUUUGAACUUAAAAUUGCUACCAAAGGGUCAAUUUUUGAGAAAUCCUUGAGCCAAAUGAUACAGAAUUAAAUCUUGUUCGUUAAGGUAGGUAUAGUUGUCUCAUAUUUUGUCUCCCCCACCUUGCGCAACAUUUUGUCCUGCUGUGUCACAAUCAUUGAUUUUUAUGAAAACUUGCUGAACUUGAAGAAAUUUUUUAUGGGAAUGAGCAAGAAUUUCAGCUUUUGAUCUCUACUUUCAAGAAAAAUUCAUUAGAUGAGGCUCAUAUUGUGACAGAAUUUAAAAGCCUCCUUGUCUUUUUUAUUGUUUAGAAGUUUUCGAUGGACUCCAAAUAAAAGCUCUCAGAAGUAUACUGCUGUGCAAUGCAAAAACGCCGUAAACGCCAUUUUAAAUUUUUUGGGAACAAUGUAUUAUAGCAGAAAAGCUUGUGUACCUUGGGACAAAAUUUUUGCAGAAUUCUUUUGCAAAUACUAUCAAAAACUUAACCUGAAAAGUUGAGAUGCAUGGGUGAAACAUUCUUUAUUUUAUGAAGUGUUAAGUUCCAAAAACCGCGGGAAAAUCUUGAUGGAUUUACGGCGUCUUUGCUUAGCACGGCAGCAUAGUUGAAAUCUGUCUUACGAUCAUGUCAUUUAGAGUAUUUGCACUCAUAAUAUGUUCAGCUAUGCACACACCCUGAGAAAGAAAAAUUAAUUUGUGAGUAUUACACCGAUUCUUCUUAAUUUUUAAUUAGGUCAAAGUACAAUGUUACUAUUGUUUCAACAUCCUCUUUAAUAAAAAUUUGUUUUGUUCAAUGAAAA